UCAGGGAGCUUCCACCAGUAGUCGGUACUCAACCGACUCGAACGCUUCACGUCGCCGUGCAAGAAGUGCGGGAGUGAAGUUAAGAAAAAUUGGAAUCGGUUGCACAGUGGAAUCGAAUUACCUGUUCGACAAAGACGUGUAUGUGUUAUUGUUAAAAUUAAAAUUUUGAUUAAGGAAAGGUGACAUCACUACAAAAUGAGCGGUCUAUUGAAGCUGCCGUCUUUGCUAGCGAGAAAUCCUCCCACGACUACGUUGAAUAAAUUGGGAUUAUCUGUCAUUGCAAAUCGUAAAUUCCAUUACACACCAGAUGGGAAAGCAGCAAAAGUUUCCGAUGGUGUUUCUAAACAGUAUCCAUUGGUAGAACAUACUUAUGAUGCUGUUGUGGUGGGUGCUGGUGGAGCAGGAUUACGUGCAGCCUAUGGCUUGGUUGCAGAAGGAUUUAAAACAGCAGUCAUUACUAAAUUGUUUCCUACAAGGUCGCAUACUGUUGCUGCUCAAGGAGGUAUCAAUGCUGCUUUGGGUAAUAUGGAGGAGGAUAACUGGCAGUGGCAUAUGUAUGACACAGUCAAGGGAUCUGACUGGUUGGGUGAUCAAGAUGCUAUUCAUUACAUGACACGCGAAGCUCCAAAAGCAGUCAUUGAAUUGGAAAAUUGUGGCAUGCCUUUUAGUAGAACUUCUGAUGGUAAAGUAUACCAGCGUGCUUUUGGUGGACAAUCGUUGAAAUUUGGAAAAGGUGGCCAAGCCCAUAGAUGUUGUUGCGUGGCUGAUAGAACAGGUCACUCCUUACUUCAUACAUUGUAUGGUCAAUCAUUGAGCUAUGACUGCAACUACUUUGUCGAGUACUUCGCUAUGGAUUUGCUAAUGGAAGAUGGAGAAUGUCGCGGAGUGAUUGCGCUUUGUUUAGAAGAUGGUACACUUCAUCGUUUUCAUGCUAAAAACACGGUAUUAGCGACUGGAGGAUAUGGACGUGCAUAUUUCUCUUGCACGUCUGCUCAUACGUGUACCGGCGAUGGCACUGCAAUGAUAUCUAGAGCCAAUUUACUUAAUCAAGAUCUGGAAUUUGUACAGUUUCAUCCUACUGGAAUAUACGGCGCUGGUUGUCUUAUCACAGAAGGUAGCCGUGGUGAAGGAGGCUAUCUUAUAAAUAGCGAAGGUGAAAGGUUUAUGGAACGUUAUGCUCCAGUCGCGAAGGAUCUAGCCUCUAGGGAUGUUGUAUCUAGGUCUAUGACCAUUGAAAUCCGGGAAGGCAGAGGCGUUGGCCCCGAGAAAGAUCAUAUUUUCUUGCAACUUCAUCACUUGCCACCUGAACAACUAGCUGCUAGAUUACCUGGAAUUUCAGAAACAGCCAUGAUAUUCGCAGGAGUUGAUGUAACGAGAGAACCCAUUCCUGUCAUACCUACGGUACAUUACAACAUGGGAGGAAUACCUACAAAUUACAAAGGACAGGUUCUAACAAGAAAAAAUAACCAGGACGCAGUUGUUCCUGGUUUAUAUGCUUGCGGAGAAUCGGCUUGUGCAUCAGUUCAUGGUGCUAAUCGUCUUGGUGCCAAUUCUUUGUUAGAUUUAGUUGUAUUUGGACGUGCAUGCGCUAAAACAAUCGCACAAGAGAAUAAGCCAAGCGAAACUAUUGGACCUCUCAGACCUAAUGCCGGAGAGGAAAGUGUGGCGAAUUUAGAUAAGAUUAGAAACGCAAAUGGUAGUAUUCCUACCGCGGACUUGAGAUUAACAAUGCAGAAAACAAUGCAAACGCAUGCAGCUGUGUUCAGAACAGCUGAAACUUUACAAGAAGGCUGUCAAAAGAUGUCUGCCCUUUACAAAAAGUUAGACGACCUGAAAGUGUCGGAUAGAUCCUUGAUAUGGAACUCUGAUCUUGUAGAGACACUAGAAUUACAGAAUUUAAUGAUCAAUGCCGUGCAAACAAUAGUAGCUGCUGAAAAUAGGAAGGAAAGUCGUGGAGCUCACGCACGCGAAGAUUUCAGAGACAGAAUUGACGAGUACGAUUACAGUAAACCGCUAGAAGGCCAACAAUCAAAACCAUUGGACCAACACUGGCGAAAACAUACACUUACGAAGAUCAACCUUAAAACAGGAGAAGUUUCUAUCGAUUACAGACCAGUCAUAGAUAAGACGCUAGAUAAAAACGAGUGUGCAACAGUUCCACCUGCGAUUCGUUCCUAUUAGAUCUUUUUUUUUAUUUAAAAGUAAAUAUGAUUUAGUUUCAUUAGUUUCUUCCUGAAAUUUUUUGGUUUUCAUAUAUUUUAAAAUUAGCCAUUUGUGCGAUAUUUUUUUAAAAAUUUUUUGCACAGGAACGAACACGAUCGACGAGGAAAAGUUACCGAUAUCUAUCACUAUAUUGCAACAACUUUAUUUAUUAUUGAACAUGAAUUACGUCGUGCACCAAAGUUUCAUUCUUGUCAGUACUCGCACGCGUUGCGAGCAAGAUUAGUUGUCCUUGUAGGAUAAUGGUGCUGAGAUUAUCUUCAUUACUUCAAAGAAGAAUUUUGACCGAUCUCUUAGCAAAUCAGUGCUAUGUUUAUUGUAAACUAAUAGUAAAAUAUUAGUGUGAUCCAAGAAGCAAUUAAUUUCUCACGCACACAUCUUUUAAGGAGGAACGUUCUCCCUACCUCUAACACAAUUUACACAGUAUUUCUGUUUGUAAUUCUCAUGUAAGCAAUUUGUUUUUCUAUCAAACAAAUUGUGAAAUAACGUAUGCAAUAAUGUUAAGAGUUAUUUAUGAAAGAAAUAUUUUAUACGAUAAUUCAUGAGCUAGUACUCCCUAAAAGGUUGUGCAGCAAGAGCAUGUCACUUUCGCGGCGGCUUAAUACUUAAAGUAACGUAAACAGGGCAAUAUGGAAACAGUUUAAAAUAAGAGUAGUCACUGUCCUUGGAAUCAAAACUAUCUGAUAUUUAAUUUACUUUUGAUAUUAUGGAGCAAUAUUGUUAUUUUAUUUCAAAGUUUCAGUACUUACUUCAAACCUCGAUAUUAUCAUGUAGUUCCCUUUUUAUGACGAAUCUGUUUCUGUUUUACCUGUUUUGUAUUAAUAAUUUACCGUACUGUAUGUUUCAUACAAUGAAUAAAUCUAAGGCCAAUGUACAUCGAUGAAAUCGUGUACUUUGGAGUAAUUCAACUCGAGUGGACAUGCUGUGCAGGAUGAUAAAAAUGUACAUAAGAUUGUCAAUAAAAAGAGAGCAUUCGUACAUUCUUUUAUUCAUGAAAAUUAUUUCUUGGGUAAAAUAUUCCCUGUGCAUGCAGAGUUUUUUGUUUUGUAUGCAUGAUUUUGUUUUACGUGUCUCUUUAUAUAAGGAACGAAAUUUUUCCGUUUGGACUCAAGAACUGGAAAGGUAUUGACGAAUGGGUAUACACGACGAAUAUUGUUUAUUAAACCCAUAAUAAUUUUAAUGUUUUGAUCAUAAAUAAGAAUUUUAUGGAUUAAAUAAAAAUUGCUACCAAACGUAUUUCCUAAAGCAUUGAACAAAAGCUUAUCGCCGGGCUAAUACUUCGGAAAAUAGUUACAAAUUACAGUUUAAUUUAAAAUGAAUAUGGGCUUGAUGAACAUGUUCUCACAUACGAAACAUUACACCAUCAAAGAAUACACAUUAUAUGUUCAACUGAAUCGUGCAACAAUGUACAAUUGUUUAUAAAAAUUAAUACAAACGUCCGAAUAACGUUUAGAAUAAAAAAAAAAGAUGUAAAUUCAAAAUAAAAUUAUUCGGACCGACAUAAAUGCUUCUCUUUGAUCGUUCCUUUCGUGCAAGCUCAACAUGUACGCGCGUUGCUUAAUUAAAAGACUUGGUAAAAAGACAUUCGUGAUGAAGAUUAAAUAUAGAGUGACAUGUUUUUUGCUAUUCUUUACUCGAUUAAUUUAAAAUUUACUUUACAAUAAAAUUACUUAUACGAUUAUCCGGAAUUAUUUGCAGAACUUGUAAAACGGAGUUCAAUUUACUAGCUUCCAUUUUGACCGAUAUUUUCGAGUAGCUCUCUUUCUUAGGCUAAUUUUGUGUCUCUUGGCACUUAGCACCAACUGUUAGAAAUGCAAUCCCACCCGAUGACAUACAUAUAUAGUUGAACAUGUAUUACAACGAGACAGAUUGCUAAUCGCCUUACACGCUGUAUUUCAAUCGUGCCCAUUUAAAAAACAUGUUUUCAUUUAUAAUUUCAUAAGUUAAAAAUGAAUCAGUUCUUUUGUUUAGAAAUGUUUUUUGUGUUCGACUACUACACUUUGUUUAGUCAGUCUAACAUUAAAGUUUAACUUUUGAUUUUCAUUUAAUAUUAACAUUCUUUACAACUUUAUCUAUUUUUAAAAUACUGGGAAAAUUACUUUGAUGUAAAGCGUCAAUUGAACCGGAUAAGAGAAACCCCCGUUGCUCUUUUUAAUCGCAUAAAACAUGACUUAAGAUUUGAACGUUCUUGUGCAUUUCUUCGAGACCAAAGUUACAUUCGUUAAAAAAAGAAGUUUAUAACUUAAUUACAAGCUAAAAGUGAAAAAUACGAAAAAUACGAAUUCACAAAAUGCAAUGACGUACAUGUGUAUCUUUGAAACUACUUUUGUUCAAGUUCCACGACCGUUUUGUAUAAUUAUCCGCAACAUUUCGUGACAGCAGAAACGCAUAAUACCGAGUAAUACACAGUCGGUUCAACCACCUUGCACCGAUAACGAAACGUGCCUAGAUUCCGACUGCUAAUUUUCCUAAAAGCAAUAAAACACUACAAAUUUAUACUGGUCGGCUGUUCGAAAUCAUAUUCCUAAACCAGAUGGACGUUUCGCAAAGAAUUAUAUUCUAGGAACCAGAUUGCAUGUGUUUAACAUUGCCGCAGAGCUUUGUACAUUUCGAACCAAAUAGAAUCCGAGACUAACGAUGAUAUAAUGAGAGCGAAAGAAAAUUUGUAAUUGUAAUUUCUCGAUUACAAUUUACGAUGAAACUAUAGCCUAUAGCGAAAAAUCCAUGUGAUAGUGGUGAGUCUUCGCUUUAUAUGGGAACUUCGACAACUUGAACAUUCUGAUUAUUUUGAAACUGCUGGCUUUUAGAGAAUAAAUUUUUUUUUCCAGUUAAAGAAUGAUGUUAAAAAAAAAAAAAAAAAA